AUGGCCGCCGUCGCCGAUCAACCACCCCCGGCCUACCCCGGUCCCGAGGAGAAAUCCUCCGCGCCCGCCGCCGGCCCGCGCAAGACGCCCCUCGCCGCCCCCGUCCCGGCCUCCUCCACCCCGGCCCUCACGCCCCUGACCCCCGACCAGCAGUCCAAGUACGACGCCCUCCUCGCCCAGGCCCGCGCCUGGUCCGAGGUCAAGUGCCCGACCGCCGCCCACGCCGACAAGUCCGGGCCCCUCACCGACUCGGAGCGCCAGUGGCUCACCCGCGAGUGCCUCCUCCGCUACCUGCGCGCCACCAAGUGGGUGACCAAGGACGCCGAGAGGCGCCUGCUCGAGACGCUCGCCUGGCGCCGCGAGUACGGCGUCGAGGCCCUGACCCCGGAGCACAUCUCGCCCGAGAACGAGACGGGCAAGCAGAUCAUCCUCGGCUUCGACAAGGAGCGCCGGCCCUGCCACUACCUCAACCCGGGCCGCCAGAACACGGACCCGUCGCCGCGCCAGGUCCAGCACCUCGUCUUCAUGCUCGAGCGCGUCAUCGAGGUCAUGCCCGCCGGCCAGGAGAAGCUCGCCCUGCUCAUCAACUUCAAGACCUCCAAGAGCCGCGGCAACACCGCCCCCGGCAUCGGCCUCGCGCGGGAGGUGCUGCACAUCCUGCAGACGCACUACCCCGAGCGUCUCGGCAAGGCCCUCAUCAUCAACGUCCCGUGGGUUGUCAACGGCUUCUUCCGCCUCAUCACGCCCUUCAUUGACCCCAUGACGCGCGACAAGCUCAAGUUCAACGAGGACAUGAAGCAGUACGUUCCCGAGGAGCAGCUGUGGACCGAGUUCAGCGACGGCAAGCUCGAGUUCGAGUACGACCACGACGUCUACUGGCCCGCCCUCAACGCCAUGUGCAAGGAGAAGCGCGACGCCAGGACGGCGCGCUGGGUCUCUGGCGGCAAGCUGAUUGGCGAGUCGGAGGACUACCUUGGCGGUGCUGCCGAGAAGGGCGUGGGUGCUGAGGCGGCCGAGACGAAGGCUGCUGCUUGA